AUGACGAACCCUUACCAAUACUCUUAUCCAAUCUACAUAGUAGAUCCAAUAUGUCUUCGUGAAGUUUCAGAAGCAGUGAAGCAGGGAGACAACAAAGGUAUUCUAAGUUGUAUUCCGGAUGAAGACAGACCACAGGACAAGGAAGGAAGAUAUCAGAGCAGACUUGAGCUAGAUAACAGAGUGAGGAAGUGGGACUCGAUUCGUUACGGCAGAUCGGGCAUUUUAUCUCGGGGUCUUCAAUGGACCAGAUAUCCUUCCCAAUUAACUGCUACCAAAGAAAUCUCCUUUUAG